AUGUUAUUGCAAUUCCCCACCGACAUUUUCUUGUAUACCCUAUCCUUCACCUGUGUCCACGACCUCUGCUCGCUGCACCUCGUGUCACGGCAGGUCAAACAUCUGAUCAGUGACAACGAGGAAAGCAUCUAUCAUCAAGCUGCUGUCCUGCAUAGGUUCGCGCCACCCGAGAUCUCGCUCGACAAAGUGAAGCGACUCGAGGCACGCAACAGCGCAUGGCUCGACGAUGUUGGUAGCUGGAAGGAGCUUUGUCGCAGAUGGACUGUGAUCGAGCGUAACUGGGACGGCGAUGGCGCGUUGCUGGAGGGCGGGUACACGUCCGACGAUGGCGUGCUGCACUUCAAGGUCGACGAGGAGGAGAGGACCGUGCUGGCUGUGUCACGAAGCGGAGGGAUGACUAUCCACGCAAUGGAGGAUAACAGGGUGCUGUGGCGAUUCAGCAAGGAUUACCUCGUCCGCACGAGGUGCGAGCUAUCUGGCGGCUUCCUCGUCUUCCCGAGCAACCAUCGCGGCAUCGAGGUAUGGCGCAGAUCGAGUGAUGUCUUCUCCGCAUCUCCCGACCAACGCGCCAUCGCCACGCCCAUUUCCGAGCCCUCGUCUUCUGCCGCACUCGCCUUCCAGUUCGCUGAGGCUGCUCUCGUCUCCGCGCACUUCCCGCCGACGUCCCGCGACGGGCUGCGGGGCCAGUACACCCCGCAUGCCUACAUUGGGCAGCCGUACGUCGACACGGUGCGCAUCUUCCGCGUGCGGUCCCCCGUGCUCGCGCUCAUGAGCAUUCAAGACCGGAAUGCGGUGUUGCUCUUCGACCUAGCCAAUGGCAUGCUCCUCCGGCGCAUCAGCUUUGGCAUGGAGCGGGUGCUCGGUGCGCCGCAGGGCUUCCGGCCGCCGCCCGUGAGCGACAGGGUCGUCAUGGACAUCGACGUCUCGGACGCGUGGGUCGUGGUGUGUCUGCAUUCUGCUGUCAUCGUCGUCCCGCGGGACGGGCAUGCGGGCGACGACGGGCAGACGACGCCGACUCUAGUUCUGGCGGAGGACGACCCCCCGCAGCUCCUCCAGGACACGGCUAUGCAACUGCAGAAGGUCGAUGACGUGCAGGAGUACACCGGCCCUCUUUUCAUGCCGCAGACGCCCAGCAGCAGCUUUGCCUGUGUGCCCGGUAUAGAUGCUAUGCAGAAGUUCAGGGUCGUCCCCCCUGCAGAGAGCGUGCAGCUCGCGAAUACUCAAGCGUUGGUUCAAGUCGGUGGAAGACACGUUCCGCAAUGUUUUGUGGCAGCACGAUUCUCUCCUGACGGGAGACACUUCGCUGCGGUGACGGUGUUCGGCCUGUUGUACGUUGUACCGGACUUUGCGAGAGUAGCUCGAGGUGCUGCGUCCUUCGAGGACAUUGCGAAGCGUGUCUACAUGGGCGAAUGGCUUCGCGAUCUUGUUUGGGAGGGACAACCCAGGAGACUGGCAGUGCAGACGGCAUCGGAGGAGAUGUAUCUAGUGAACCUCGACAGUUUGUACCACUCCCUACAUCCGACGUCAUCCGCAGCCGCAACCGCGCAAGAUCCCUUUGCUGAUAUGGCUGUGUACCACCUCACGGACUUCAGCAACCCCGACCUCGGAUGGGCGCGUGCACGCGGAGUGGCCUUCAGCGGUGUGCAGCUGACCCAGACGAUGCUCUGGAUGAUAUGGGACCUCGCGCUGCUCAGGCGCACUGUCACUCAGCAGAGACGUACGGGGAGGAGGAGCAGUUCGCGGGAGAGGGAACGUGGCGGGGGCGGACCGAUGCCUUCGGAGAACGGGAGUGUGUGUUUCAUCAGUUUUACUCCGGGGUUAGAGAGCGAAGGGCGCAUCAACGACGCUGCGUAG